AUGGCUCAAUUGGUGGACUUUACUGGCUAUUGGGUCGAGGAUGCAUCUGCCACUACUCCAUAUCAGGAUGUGCUGGCAGCUCAAGGAAUGAGUUUCAUAUUACGACAGCUCAGCAAGCUAGUUACUAUUGCCUUUGACAUGAAGCAUGAAUUGGAACCAGUCGAUAAGCUAGUGGUGGUGGACUUGCAAAAUCAAACCGAUGUAUACUUGUUCGAUGGUGUGGAAAGAAUCGAGACGCAUCCGUGGUGGGGUCAGAUGCACACCAGGAAUUAUCGAGAUGAGAAUGGCAAUGGCGUCACUCAUGCUAGAGAUAUCAAUGGAAAGUGGUCGUCUGUCACCAUCUGGUCGCUCGAAGAUGAAGGGAAUACUCACAUUCAGUUGGUAACCUUUAAGAGCAAGACUGUGAAUAAGGAGCUCAAGUUGGUAUACAGAAAGAAGGUCAAGAAGUGA